GCCCGUCCCUGGGAGCAGCCGCCGUCAGUCACCGCCGCGCGCCAGCGAGGACGAGCCUCCGGCCCUGGCGGCCCCAGUCCCGACCCCGGAAGGCGGCGCGGGCGGCUCGGGGCCCCUGUGCUGCCCGGGCCCCGGUGUGGGGGUCACGGCCUGGACCCCGCGGCGCCCCUCGGUCUCGGAGCAGCGAGCACAGCGCCGCCUCUGAAGAGCUUCUUGGUUCAGGAUGGGAAAUCACGUGGGGAAACGCGAGCCGCACCCGGAGAAGGCCAGCACGGAUGCUGAAACUAACAGAGGAGAAUCUGAAAAAAAGAGAAACCUCAGUGGAUUUUCCCAAGCUGCCUCAGAGGACAGCGAUGUGUUUGGGCCACUCACGGGGUCCUGGGAGUCUGCCCAGCACAUCACUGAAACUGAGGGUCCUGGGGACUGAACACUGUCACCCGGAGACGUCCUCAGAGGAGGCCAGCCUGAGUGACCUGUACACGCCCUGCGUUCCUGCUCCCGUUCCAGGCCCAGACUCCUACUUCACUGGUGUUCCGGGCAGACCUGGCCCCUCCCCUGGCCCAGCUGCACAGGGAGAGGCAGAUGCAGACCAGAACAAUGGGACCUCCUCUCAGGACACAGCGGUGACAGACUCCAAGCACACAGUGGACCCAAAGAAUGCCUGGCAAGACGCCCACCCAGCUGACCCAGGGCGCCGCCCCCACUUGGUCCGCCUCUUUUCCCGAGAUGCCCCCGGGAGGGAGGACAACACCUUCAAAGACAGGCCCUCCGAGUCCGACGAGCUCCAGACCAUCCAAGAAGACAGUGCAGCAGCUCCCGAGGGCCUGGAUGUGAUGGCGUCACAGAAGAGGCCCUCCCAGAGGCACGGGUCCAAGUACCUGGCCACAGCGAGCACCAUGGACCAUGCCAGGCAUGGCUUCCUGCCCCGGCACAGAGACACGGGCAUCCUCGACUCCAUCGGGCGCUUCUUUGGCGGUGACAGGGGUGUGCCCAAGCGGGGCUCUGGCAAGGACUCACACCACACAGCAAGAACCACCCACUAUGGCUCCCUGCCCCCAAAGUCCCAGCACGGCCGGACCCAGGACGAGAACCCUGUAGUCCAUUUCUUCAAGAACAUUGUGACGCCUCGCACGCCUCCACCAUCGCAAGGGAAGGGGAGAGGACUGUCCCUCAGCAGAUUUAGCUGGGGGGCUGAGGGGCAGCGGCCAGGAUUCGGCUAUGGAGCCAGAGCGUCUGACCAUAAAUCCACCCACAAGGGCUUCAAGGGAGUCGAUGCACAGGGCACUCUGUCCAAGAUCUUUAAACUGGGAGGAAGAGACAGCCGCUCUGGGUCGCCCAUGGCCAGACGUUGAGGCCCUGGCCUGGCCCGGAACCCUGCCCUCCGCUCCCGAUGUAACUGCCUUAAAACUUUAAUGCCCUUUGCCUCGGUCCCAGUUAGAGCAGACGGCCUCCCCCUAACGCCUUUCAGGUGUGCACGCGGUCGUGCCAGGCACCCCGCACGGCACCCUACUAGCAACUUCUGCCCAACAGUAAAUGGAGAAAAAGAAAACAGAAAAUGGCUAAACCGUCACUUCACGUGUGAAGAUUACGUUUCCCGGGAGUGUUCACUCCCUGACAGGAGCCCCAGCAGCGCGCGGGUCUCUGCAAGCCCGAGUGCGUGGACGCCCCUCCAGGUUCCCCCCUCCAUCCUUGGACUUUCUUUUCACCAUAACCACGGCCCCCGAGCUUUGCUGGGCACUGCCAUAGCAAGACACUGCUGCAGAGACAGAGAACGCGGCUGGCGGAGGACUGUUGUGAUCCAGGCUUCUUUGGUUUCUUUUCCUGCCCCUUGUCUCACUUCCUAAAGUGUCCUUUAUUUUUCCUAACAGGAUUAGACAGUCAAGGAGUGGCUACUACCCAUGGGAGCUUUUGGCAUGUGAAACGCGGGCCCGGGCGGCUGUUAGAGUCACGGUGGGCAGCACAGAGGGGGAGGCGUGCCUCCAGGCCACUGCUGCCCACCCACCCCACUUAGCUGAAUUUGUGCAUGGCAGGGAGAGGACAGGUGGCAAGCAUGGGCUGGGCACUGGCCUCACACAGGAAACAGGGUGACGGAGAUGACCUACACGUGGCCACAGGUUGUCACCGGCACCGGUACAGGGGCACCAGAGCAGCCUCCACAAACCACCUUGUUUCCAAACCAGUGCCCACAGC